CGAGCAAAUGGUGUUACUUACUGUGAAGAUGGAGGAUCCUCAGUUCCCAUCACUGUCAGGAGGGAAUGGUGAAGAAUUUGCAUAUUCAGCAUUCAUCUAGCCAGUGGACACUGAGUGCCUUCCAGGGCAGGCCCUGUAUGAAGCACCGGGGUGUGCAAGUGAAGAAAAUAAAGCCCUUGUCUUCCUGGAGCCAACACUCUCUACUGGAGGAAGCUUUGCAAAAGUCUGAGGCAGUGAGACUUUCUGCUUUUGGAGAGAUUUAGAGCUGUAAAGGAGACUGAGCAGGAGAAGCUUCUGAAGGUAGGAGGCAAAGGAGGUGUAUUCCGUCUACUACAUCAGAACAAUGUCCUAUGUUUUUGUAAAUGAUUCUUCUCAGACUAACGUGCCCUUGCUACAAGCCUGUAUCGAUGGAGAUUUUAACUAUUCCAAGAGGCUUUUGGAAAGUGGCUUUGACCCAAAUAUCCGUGACAGCAGGGGCAGAACAGGCCUUCACCUCGCAGCAGCCCGAGGGAAUGUAGACAUCUGUCAGUUACUGCAUAAAUUUGGUGCUGAUCUUCUGGCAACAGAUUAUCAAGGAAACACAGCUCUUCACCUCUGUGGCCAUGUGGAUACGAUUCAAUUUCUAGUUUCCAACGGACUCAAAAUUGAUAUUUGCAAUCAUCAAGGUGCUACCCCCUUAGUUCUGGCAAAGCGCAGGGGAGUGAAUAAAGAUGUCAUCCGAUUGCUGGAAUCUUUGGAAGAACAGGAGGUAAAAGGAUUUAACAGAGGAACCCACUCAAAACUGGAGACCAUGCAGACAGCUGAGAGUGAAAGUGCCAUGGAAAGCCAUUCUCUCCUCAAUCCCAACCUGCAGCAAGGCGAAGGCGUCCUUUCCAGUUUUCGAACCACAUGGCAGGAGUUUGUGGAGGAUUUGGGCUUCUGGAGGGUGUUGCUCUUGAUCUUCGUCAUCGCUCUGCUGUCUCUUGGCAUUGCCUACUAUGUGAGUGGGGUGCUGCCAUUCGUGGAAAACCAGCCUGAACUGGUACAUUAAGGGAGCUCUUGGGCGCUGAGGCAGUUGCCCGUUUCCUGGCUUCAAGUACUUUUUCUCAGUUUCUCAAAAUUCUUAGUGCAAGGCAGUGAGGGCUGUACAUUUUUCUUUUUGCCUUUGUACUUAUUGUAAUCCUUUUAGAUAAUGGUGUGUCCAUUUGAACUAACUACAUACUGUAAUCAAGUAUACUGCAUCCUGAUGCUACCUCUGACUCAACCUGACUUCGUAGGAAAACCUACACAUAGCCUUGUUUGACAAAAUCACGGAAAUGACUAGAGAAUGGAAGACAGGCUGGGUAUGGCGGUUCACACCUAUAAUCCCAGCAUAGGGGGAGGCCAAGGCAGGAGAAUCACUUGAGGCCAGAGUUCAAGACCGGCC